AUGGCCUCCUCAUUUGUGGAAUCUUCCCCUCUCAAUCGCGACUAAAUGAGUAUCGCUAAUCCUUCUAUGAACACUUACAGAGGAUUUCAUUAGAGAUCUUACUCUAAUUAAAUUAUUUAUGCUAGUCUUCCCUAGCAAGCACAAACUAUUGUAUAAAAACAGCUACCUUAACAGCCAUCACUUUUUUCUUCAUUUAGCUCUAUAAUUCCUUCAUAAAAAUCUGAUCAAGAGACAUAAGUAUUUUAAUCUCCAAACUCUAGCUCCUUGAAGUAAAAUAUGAAAGUAACUGACAAAUCUAUUGAUGAAUUCCUACGCGAAUUAUCCUAGAAGAAACGCCAAUAAACUAGAUCUUUAAGAUGCCAUAAAUUAGAAGAUUUAAAAUCAGAUAUUAAUUUUUAAAAUAUUAUCACUGGUUAGAAUAAAGAAUCUACUAUAUAAUAAGUAUAAGCUUUAAACAACAAUAACAAAGAUAUUAAUAGUCCAAACUUAAAUUAUACAUAGGAGACUCAUUCUGAAGUAUCUACUUCAUCUCCUUCACCAUUAAUUCUGCAGUUUGCUAACAUGGAUUUAAGGAAAAGAGCAUCCAUCGUUCCAAUUAAGCCGAUAGAAAUGAAUUUUGACAAGCAAUUGUAAACCAAACUUGGCUCUAAAUUCCAUAAUUUGAAAAUUGAAGGUAAAAUAGAAAAAAUGCACAACAGCGAGAGCGAGUCAGAAGUUGAAUCUGAACAAUCAUCUCCCGUAGAAAAAAGAAUAAACAUGAGAAAAAAUUUGUUAAAGCAGUUUACUAAGUUAAACUAGCAUGAACACGAUGAUCAUGAUGAUGAUGACCAAUCUAUUGAAAGCGAUUGUAGUCACGAAGGCAGUAUAGGUGAUGACGAUGAAGAUGAUAACACUUCAAGUGUUGGCUUUGCAAGUGAAAAUUUAAUUAUCGAAGUUAAGUCUUAAAAACAUCAUCUAUUAAAAAGCAUUCUUAAGAAAACAACACCUAAAUUUAAUACUUUUCUAGAAAAUAAAAUGGAGCUCUAAAAUAUAAAUCUAGAUGGAGAAAGUAGCCAGUUAAAUUAUCAAAGUAAUUUACUUAACGAUUAAAACAGUAAUAUUUUAAGACAAAUUCAAUUACCUCACUAACGUUCAAACAGUCUCACUGUCCUUCCAAGUAAUUACAAUGUAAAUAACUAUUUCAGCGAGUAAUCUUAUCAACACUUAAGCUAGUAAAAAAUACAUCCUUAGUAAUAAUAUCAAUUAAUAAAUAAUACUCCUGUUAAUAGUAACACAACUGCAACAAAUACGCCUUCAACUCAAAACGUCUUAUCAAAUAGAGAUAUGAACCUUCAAUUACAGAGUUUUAGCAGCUUUACUAAAGACUAUUAGUUUAGUAGCAAUUCGAUUCCUGUGCUUGAGAAACAAGCUUAGUCUUCUCCUAGCUUAUAUUUAAACAGAGGCUAGCUGAAAAGAAGCUAAUCGCUAACAGGAAUAAUCAAAAAGGUUCAAUUCAAUGUGUCGAACCAAACAGGAGAAUCUUAUUCUACUUUAUCUGAUGCUGGAUUCUCACUUUAAUAUCCUUAAUGUAAAUAUCAAUAAUAAUAAAAUCCUAGUUCUUUUAUAAACUAAAUAAAUUUUUCUACUUCUUCAUAAUAUAAUAUAUAUCCAUCAUUCUCUAAUUAAACAAGACAGAAAUCUAACUCUUUUAACAAAUUUUACUCUGCAUUUAAAUAAAAUUUAAAUAAUUCUAAUAAAUCUCAAGUAUUUUCUAGUCCUCAAGCUAAAAGCUUGAAUUCUAAUAAACCAAGCACUAAUUAAAAUGGGAUUUACAACAACCCUAAUAACAGCAUAAAUUCUACUGUAUCAACUACUCCUUCAUUCAGCUCAUUUUCUUAAUACUCAAAUAACUAAAUUAAUAAUUAGUUUACUGCCAACUCUAAUUCUUCAUCCGCCUCAUCUACUCCUAUGGCAGCAUCUCAUUCUAGCAUUUCAAAUACUCUUACACCACCUCUCUCUGCUUAAAUUAACAACGAUAGAAAAAAUCCAACCUCCUCAACUAUUUUAAAUUCAGUAUUUAAAGAUAUGAAACUAACCAAAAACACCAAAGUCUAUUUUGAUCAAAAGUGUGGCUAAAACAGUCCCAGUAGUGUAGGCAGUCCUUCGAUUAAAAAUAUUCAUAUAAGUUCCUUUAACCAAUCUAGUUCACUAUUCAGUGUCCCUAAAUAAAAUGAAAAUUCACCCCAAGUAAAAAGAAUUCCAUCCUCAGAAUCAAUUUCACUCUCCACAAAUGCUUGA